AUGAACCCAUUAUUUGUUUUUCUCCUUGCCUCAGUCUUUGUGGUAUACGGCAGUGAAGAUAAUCUUCAGGAGUCGAAGCAGCAAGAUACGAACUGUGUCAAUUACUGCUCGAAUAUUAUAAACCCUGUGCUAAACGUUACGAGAAAUCUACAGAACCAAGUGAAUGAUUUUAAACAUCAAACGAAAUGUUUGUCGCAGCUCGAGAGCACGAAUAAGCUGAUGGAGGAGAAAUUUGCUUCGCUGGAUAAAGAGAUUGAACAGAAAUUGAGAGAUUUGAGCACUGGAAGUGAACAAAAUAUGCAACAAAUCAAAUCACAGGUUAAACAAGUCGAGCAACAGUUGCAACAUCUUUAUAAAGUGGUGGAAGUUAAGAAGCAAAUACCUGGAGCACCUUAUCAGCAGAUUGGAUCGAAGUAUUAUUAUAUUGAAGAAUCUGAAGAACUUAAUUGGAUGAGUUUAACGCAAUCAAGCAGAAACUACAAGCUGGAAAAGAUUAUUGGAUUGGCAUUUAUGAUUUAG